CACCAUUCCAGCUGGUUUGGGCCGGACACGGCCUCGUGGAAGGUCGCCGGGUCGACUUGUCUUGCCGGUGCGGUAUUCAAUGCGCCUGCCGUGUACACCUUGCCUAGUGAUUCCAGGAGACGCCGUGAUGGCCUUCUUCUGCGACCAAAGAUCGAAUAUCCAAGAUCCGGUGUCAGGUCCAUUCCUUGUUGGCUUGGAUUGACCACUGGAGGUGUCUCCUCCUCACGCUCAGAUGGCGUGUUCUCUUGCUCGUUCGACGGAGGUAAUGGCGAUGCAGGUGGUGUUGGCAGCCCGCUGGCUGAACUUGGCAUUGAUGGAAAGACAGGUGAUGGAGGAGCGUUGUCCGGGAGGUCGUUGCCUGUUUCCCCCUCGAUGAGUGGCACCACUGGGGUCCUCUCAUCGAACUCGACAUCACGGGAAAAGACUGUCUUUCCCGAAUGUAUCUCAUAG